AUGGAUAUAUCGAAUGUGUAUUCUGGUAAAAAAAAGAGGGAGAAGAAAAAUGCACCAAAGAGUACAUCAAGAAACAAAGCAAAGGAGGAUCUUGCUGCAGCUACAGGUGGUGUGAAGGUCUGUCAACAUUCAGUGUUUUGUUGUGAAGAUAUCCUACAAUCAAUGAAGACUUCCAAUAUGGUGACCUGUGAAUUACUCCAAUAUCUUCAAAGUGCACAUGCACUUCCAGAACAAUAUAGAAAAUUAGUGACAGAUCCAAACUCGCCAAUUGUUGAUUUUUAUCCAACAGAUUUUGAAGUAGACAUGAAUGGCAAGCAGUUUGCAUGGCAGGAGGAUGUUUUCUGGAUUUCCUUUAAUGGUGACUGUGGAAUUGCCCUGAAGCUUAUCAUACUUAUUGUAUUAUCUGUCAUGAUGCACUCUUCCAAUCCACGAGUAAAUGGAAUUGUGGAGGAUGUUUUCUGGAUUUCCUUUAAUGGUGACUGUGGAAUUGCCCUGAAGCUUAUCAUACUUAUUGUAUUAUCUGUCAUGAUGCACUCUUCCAAUCCACGAGUAAAUGGAAUUGUGGUGAGUGGUUCUCUAUUCUUGAUGUUAUUUAUCAUCAACGUAAAUUAG